AUGAUUCCGAACGUGUAUACCUUCACACCCAACCAUAAAGGAAGCGACAUCCGACUUGCCCCUAAAACCAGAAAGCAGGGAAGCGACAUCCGACUUGCCCCUAAAACCAGAAAGCAGGGAGACGACAUCCGACUUGCCCCUAAAACCAGAGAGCAGGGAGCGCUGUCCGAGCCCAAGCGAUGCCAGCCAGACGGUGCCAGACUCAGGUGUCAGGAGUGGACGCUAAGAAUCAAAUACGCACAAGCUAGAGAUACAGGAGCCUAUGAGUGCCAGCUGUCUACUCACCCGCCCAUUGGCAUCAUCGCCAACCUCAGAGUCGUGCGUGAAGCCCGUCUCGGAGAUCGCCGGCGGCCCGAUCUCUAUGCUCAAGAGGGCAGCGACGUGACCCUCCUCUGCCGGCUCCGGAACUACACUGACCCGCCCAGCUACGUCUUCUGGUACCAUAGAGACCAGAUGAUUAAUUAUAAUAGCAACAGGAAGGUGAGCGUGAUCAGCCAGGGCGGGGAGAGUCACCUGAAGUUCAAGAAGGUCGCCAAGGAGGACUCGGGGAACUACACCUGCGCGCCGGCAAAUGCGGGGCCAGCGCACGUCACCCUGCACGUCAUUACGGGCGAGUCCCCCGCGGCCGUCCAGCGCGCCUCCGCCCCCCUCGCCACCGCGCCUACACGGUGGCCCUGGCGGCGGGCGCGCUCGUCAUCCUCACCUUGUGAGCGCCUCCUCAGAUCCUUUUGAAGUCCUUCCGGGUCCCGCCGAGGAUGGCUCGGGGCUCGAGGCUCCUCCCAAAGCCUUCCGUCUCGCCUGCCGGAGUCUUCGGGGAUUUCCCGGGGAUCCUCGCGGCUCUGCCGGGCUCCUCCCGGCCCUUCUGCAGGCAUUCGCGGGCUUCUCCCGGGGAUUUGCAGAGUUCAUAUCGGAGUCCUCCUGCCGGAGCCCUUAGAUCCUGGGGAUCCUAGUACUCCCCUUACGAUCCUAGAGAAACCGUGGCCGCAGGCAGCGUUCGGCCGGGUCCGCGCGCGGUGCGGCGCCCUCGCCAGCGCCGCUCCGCCCGCUGCGCCGGCACGAGGCCUCCUGCGCGCCGAAGGUGCAACUAGAAGCACUCCCGCCUCCCCUUCUGUACAAUCCGGUACGAAAUAACUAGUGAUCCUACUUGGAUGUUCAAAGAACAGAAGUUUUCGAAGUGUUCUGUAUCUAAGGAUUUUAUAUUCUUACUGUUUCCACCCGCCGACCCUCGUGCGGACGUCGCGCUCCGUGUGAAAAGGACUCGGCGAAUGAAGGCGGGGAAUCCUGGUGUAUAAGCCAGGGAAAAACUCUUGGUGAAUAUCACAGAAAAAGAAAAUCUUGGUGAAGAAACCAGAUAAAAAAUAUAUAUCUUGGUGAAUGAACCAAAACAAAAAUAGUGGGACCACAAUAUGGCAAAGCAAAGGAGAGUUGCCGGUUGUUAAUAACUCAACGGAAAGUGUCGGUUGGGUAUUGAUGUGAAACGUCACAUCGUGAAGCGAAAACGAAAAAAAAAAAGUUUUAAAAAUCACUGAGAUGUGAGAAUUUAAAGUAUCUUUGUUCUUUAUGGAACGUUUGAGAAAAUAAAUAUAUUUAUAAAGUAUGC